GGGCAGAUUUGUUUUGCAGCGCCAUUUUGGAGCCGGAGCCGGAGGCUUGGGGCCUGCGCUUCAGCCCCCGACUGGCAUCGGACACAGGCCUGGUUCCUGAGGCCCCAUCACCAUGAGCACCGCGUCGACCAUACGGACUCAGCCCCUCGGCGCCUUGACCAUUCCAGGGGACCCGUACUCGGUGUUUGUGCUGAAGGAGGGCUACGCCUACACAGACGGUGACGGUAACACCAGAGCGGACGGCACAAUAACGCUGCUGAAGGGGUGCCAGGUGGUUUUGGUGGACACCGGUAACCCCUGGGACAGGGACCACCUCCUGCAGAGCUUGGGGACCCACGGCCUGGAGCCUGAAGACGUCUCGCUGGUGGUCUGCACCCACGGCCACUCGGACCACGUCGGCAACCUCAACCUGUUCCCCGAGGCCACCAUCGUGGUGUCUCACGACGUCUGCCGGCGAGGGGACGUCUACCUCAGCCAGGGGCUGGGCUCAGGCCUCCCGUACCGGGUGGACGACUGGGUGGAGGUGUUCCCCACGCCCGGGCACUGCGCCGGCGACGUGAGCGUCCUGGUGAGGGGCACGCGGGAGGGUGCGGUGGUGGUGGCUGGGGACCUGUUCGAGAGGGAGGGUGAUGACGGGGCUUGGCAGCUCCUGAGUGAAGCCCCCGCGCUCCAGGCGGAGCACCGCGGGAGAGUGCUGGAGAUGGCCAACGUCAUCGUCCCAGGUCACGGGCCGCCCUUCCGGGUCAUAAAGGACAGGUCAGCCUGCUCCACUGUGACCCCCACCAACACCAGCACCGGCUUCGGUUAACCCUUCACCUCCUGCAGCCCUGUACAGCCAAUCACCUUCCUCAUGGUCAUCUCCCCCCUCAGCCAAUCACCUUCCUCAUGAUCAUCUCUCCCCCCCUCAGCCAAUCACCUUCCUCAUGGUCACCUCCGCCCCAGCCAAUCACCUUCCUCAUGGUCAUCUCUCCCCUCAGCCAAUCACCUUCCUCAUGGUCAUCUCCCCCUCAGCCAAUCACCUUCCUCAUGGUCAUUUCUCCCCCCCCCCCCACAGCCAAUCACCUUCUUCAUGGUCAUCCUUUCCCCCCUCCCCCUCCCCCCACCAGCCAAUCACCUUCCUCAUGCUCAUUCCCCCACCCCCCCCAGCCAAUCACCUUCCUCAUGGUCAUCUUUCCCCUCUACCCCCCCCCCCCUUCAGCCAAUCACCUUCCUCAUAGUCAUAUCUCCUCCUCCCCCCCUCAGCCAAUCACCUUCCUCAUGGUCAUCUCCCCUUCAGCCAAUCACCUUCCUCAUGAUCAUCUUCAUUUUCCCCCCUCAGCCAAUCAGCUUCCUCAUGGUCAUCUCCCCUUCAGCCAAUCACCUUCCUCAUGAUCAUCUUCAUUUUCCCCCCUCAGCCAAUCACCUUCCUCAUGGUCAUUACCCCUCAGCCAAUCACCUUCCUCAUGAUCAUCUUCAUUUUCCCCCCUCAGCCAAUCACCUUCCUCAUGGUCAUCUCCCCCCCCCCCCAGCCAAUCACCUUCCUCAUGGUCAUUUUCCCCCUCAGCCAAUCACCUUCCUCAUGGUCAUCUCCUCCCCCCCCACCCCCCCCCCCCCCUCAGCCAAUCACCUUCCUCAUGGUCACCUCCUCCUCCCCCCCCUCAGCCAAUCACCUUCCUCAUGGUUAUCUCUCCCCCCACCCCACCCCGGGCCUAAUCACGCUCGGCAUGGUUACGCCUCCCCCUCCCUCAGCCAAUCACCUUUCUCACGGUCACCCCUUCCCCUCCCCCCCCAUGAGCCAAUCACCCUCCUCAGGGUCGCCCCUCCCCCCAUGAGCCAAUGCCAUCUCUCAGUUGCCCCUUGGUCAGGUAGUUGUGGGUUUGAUCUUUGAGUGGUCCUGUGCAGGCUGGAUGGGGGCUGUGUGCUAACUCUAACCUGUCCACUAUCAACUAAACGUGUUCAUGGAACCAUUGGUAAAGCUGCUUAGAAAUUAACUUGAAGAAGGGCUCAUGCCCGAAACGUCGACUCUCCUGCUCCUUGGAUGCUGCCUGACCUGCUGCGCUUUUCCAGCGACACAUUUUCAGCUCUGAUCUCCAGCAUCUGCAGACCUCACUUUCUCCUAGUGAUUAACCUGCCAACCAGGAUCUGGAGCUGUCCCCUGGUAAUCCCACAUGAAUGCAUUCACGUGGCACAAGUGGUUAAUGGAGUCAUUGGAGAUGAUGGAGCUACAAGAGGCACUGUCUUUCAGCUGGUCCAUUAAAUGGGCGUUUUUCAGUGGGCGUUCUGUCUAAGAGUCUGGA